AUGCACUUACCAGAGAUUUCAUCAACUUGGAUUUGCCUUCUGCAUCUUGUGAAAACAUUUAAAUACUCCGGUUUAAAAGCUAAAGGCUUCUGUAAAAAGGGUUACCAGCUACUCAAAGAGACCACUCUCCCGUCCAUGAGGACUAAGCUUUUAAGGGCAUCCACGCAUAUAAGUCCACAAGCCUGCGGGGUUGCAUUCACACCUCGAUUCCAUCCAUCCCAAACAAGUUUUGCAAGACAGACCUGCAAAGCGCCAUUUUCCACGAUCCCUUUUUUUCAGACACCUCACACUACUUUGAAAAUGGCGGCCAGCAACAAGUACUCUUCGCCUAGCUUCACCGGCUUGGUCGUGGAGGCCAUGAAGAAGCACUACCCCGAAGAGCUUGCUGAUAGGCGCUGGGACAAUGUCGGUCUUCUUCUAGGCAACAUCGAAACCCCCGAGUCCCGCCAGGCUAAAUCCCCUGUCGUUCUACUCACCAAUGACCUCACCUAUGCAGUUGCCGAAGAGGCCAUCAAGAAAAACGCCAGUGUCAUCGUCAGCUAUCACCCCUUCAUUUUCUCUGGCCUCAAAUCCAUCACCACAAAAGACCCGCAGCAGGCAACCCUCAUUCGUCUUGCAGCGCAAGGUAUUGCGGUCUACUGCCCGCACACUGCUAUUGAUGCUGCCCCUAAUGGCUUGAAUGCUUGGCUUGGCGAUGUUGUCUCCGGCGGGCCUGUGUCUUCGUCGUCAGCGACGCCCAGCGAACGCACUGUGAUCACGCCCAUCUCACCAUCCGCAACUCCUGCUGGAUUUGAGGGCUCUGGGUACGGUCUGCUGUGCACUUUCCGUCAGCCCGAGUCACUGGCGACUAUUAUCCGCCGCGUGUCGGAGCGUGUAGGCAUGCGCCGCGUCAUGGUUGCGAGCCCGGAUCCAGCAAGGAUCUCAACCGCACGUGUAGAUGCCGUGGCGGUGUGUGCGGGCAGCGGCUGGGAUGUUGUCAAGAGUGCCAAGGCUGAUUUGGUGGUCACUGGCGAGAUGAGCCACCAUAAUGCGCUCAAGGCAGUGCAGGAGGGCAAGACUGUUGUGACAGUCUUCCACAGCAACUCGGAGAGAGGGUACCUCAAGGAGGUGAUGAAGCCUCUGCUGGAGGAAGAGCUGAAGCAGAAGGAGGCGGGCGUGCAGGUUCUUGUGAGCGAGGCGGAUCGGGAUCCGUUUGACAUUAUUGAUGUUUCCGAGCUUUGA